AUGAUAUACGAUGUUAGAGCCAUAGGCCAAACAACGUGUGUCUCCUUCUCCUCCAACGAAACAACCUUUCCGGUCGUCCAAAACGGUGUCGCCACCCCAGUCUUUAUCUCAUCCGAUGAAUGGCCCGGUGUUCAACGCGCAGCGUCAGACUUUGUUUCCGACAUAGAACUCGUUACUCAGAUAAAGCCUACGCUGUCGAACCUUUCCGCUUCCGAAACAACAAACACUACUUCUGCAAAUGCCAUCAUCGUUGGCACACUUGGAAGAUCGUCUCUCAUCGACCAGGUGAUUAAUAAUACGCAACUGGAUGUUUCCUCAAUCCAUGGUCUUUGGGAGGCAUUUAUGGGUCAGGAAGUUGCAAAUCCACUUCCUGGAGUGGAUAGCGCAUAUGUAAUCAUUGGGUCAGAUAGACGAGGGACGAUGUUCGGGAUGUAUGAUUUGUCCGAACAAUUCGGUGUCUCGCCUUGGUAUUGGUGGGCCGACGUGGUCCCAACUAAUCACUCAGGACUUUUCAUUACCUCUCCAGGCUGCUCUCAUGGACCUCCUACUGUUCAAUACCGCGGCAUCUUCCUCAAUGAUGAACAGCCGGCCCUAACGAACUGGGCUUUAGAGAAAUUUACCAAUGGCCCUGGGGGUUUGGGCACCGCUACACCAGCUAAUGGGACUGGAUCGCCCUUUCAGAGUGAAUUUUACUCGAAGCUGUUCGAGCUCAUUCUUCGCCUUAAAGGAAACUACCUGUGGCCGGCUCAGUGGUCUAGUGCAUUUUGUGUUGACGACCCAAUAAACCAGCCUCUCGCAGACAUGUUUGGAAUCGUAAUGGGUACAAGUCACGAAGAACCAAUGAUGCGCUCCAUCCCCGUCGAAUGGAGUCUGUUCGGAGAUGGACCAUGGGACUACAAUGUCAAUGCUCAAAACAUUUAUAAUUUCUGGGUUCAGGGUAUUCAAAGGGCAAAACCCUAUGAAGGGCUGUAUACCAUUGGGAUGAGGGGAGACGGAGAUUUACCCUUGAUAGGUGGCAUUCAGCUACUAGAGCAAAUCAUCAAGGAUCAAAGAGGCAUAUUUUCCAAUAUCUUCAACACGAGUGACGUUACCACCAUUCCUCAAGUUUGGACGCUAUAUUCGGAAGUCGAAGGCUACUAUGAAGAGGGCUUGCCUGUGCCGGAUGACGUUGCCCUCAUGUGGACGGACGAUGACUACGGUAACAUGCGGAGAUAUCCUGUCGCAUCUGAGCGAAAUCGGUCGGGCGGUGCUGGUGUUUAUUAUCACGUUGAUAUGGUUGCGUCUCCAAGAGAUUACAAGUGGAUCACAAGUACGCAGCUUUCAAAGAUGUAUGAACAGUUAUCACUCGCUGUCAUCCGUAAUGCAACCCGCGUCUGGGUCUUAAACGUCGGCGAUUUGAAACCUUACGAACGAGAGAUCGAGUACUGGCUGAGUCUCUCGUGGGAUUCUUCAUUGUGGACGCCCGAUAACGUGGACGACUUCGUGCAAGCUUGGGCUCAACGGGAAUUCAAGCUUGCUUCUCCUGAUGCCGCAAUAGUGGCGGAAGUUGUAGCGAAUCUAACUCGAUACAAUGCGCGGAGAAAACCGGAGCUCCUGAAUACUACUACAUAUAGUUUGGUCAACUAUCGAGAGACAGAUCGGGUCGUCGAACAAUGGGACACUCUUGCUAAUGCAUCAACAGCGAUCUACAACAAACUCUCAUUUGAUUUACAGCCCUCGUUCUUCCAGAUGGUCCAACAUCCUGUACUUGCAAGUCAAACUUUAGGCAAAAUGCUCAUCUUUGCCGGUCAGAAUAAUCUGCGUGCAUCCCAAGCGAGGCUCAGCACGAAUGAUUUAGCUGACCAGGUUCAGCAGUUGUUCGAGAAGGACUAUGAUCUUGAAGUGGAGUAUCACAGCAUUCUGAAUGGUAAAUGGGAUCAUAUGAUGGAUCAGACCCAUGUUGGAUAUUAUUAUUGGCAGCAGCCAAUGGCGAACACCAUGCCUGCUAUAAAUCGGGUUCAGAGUAGAAAGCAAGCUUUGCCAGGUGUGAUGCGGAUCGUUCCUGAAGGCAGCUAUGGAGCUUGGCCAGGGGACGAUCAGUUUGACUGUGCGGCAGGAUACAACUGUCCCUCACCCACGGUUAUCCUGGAUUCUUUCAACCCAUUCGGAAAUGUUUUCGUCGACAUCGGUUCCGGUGGUCCCGUCCCAUUCACUUGGAGCGCGAACGUCAAUGCCACCUGGCUCGCAAUGUCUGCUACGAAUGGUUCGAUAUCACCAGACUCACCAGAACAAAGAGUAUUUUUGUCAAUUCCUGAUUGGGCUCAGGUACCUUUCAACGCUUUGGCUCAGGUCAACUUCAUUGCUGCUGCCCCGAAUCAGUCCGAUUUAGUUGUCCCUGUAAUGGUGCAAACUCAAAAUACCAAACAGCAAGUCCCUUCGAAUUUCACUGGAUUUGUCGAAAGCAUGGGAGUGGUAUCAUUUGAGGCUGCCCAUGCUAUCCGAAACUCUUCAGUAGCUGAUAUUUUCUGGAAGGAGCUCCCCGGUUUGGGACGGACGUUGUCUGGUGUCACCCCUUGGCCUCGCGACGGUAAUAAUGGUGCCAACUUCAGCGCUGGAGCAGGGCCUUCUCUAGAAUACGACUUCUUCGUGGUUAGUAAUCGAACCAACAUCACAGUGGUUACUCGUUUAUCGCCUUCGCUCAAUGCCAAUGGCGCAGACCGUCCGCUCGCUUUUGCACUGCAAGUCGGGUCCGAACCCAUCCAAACUUCGUAUUUUAUUCCUCCGGAUGUAGCCCCUGGAGCAGAGCCCGCACCGUGGAGUGGCUUGGAUGGUUUUGCUGCCAACGUCAUUGUCAGCGUGAAUAUGACUUUUGAUAUUACACCCGGCGCCCAAACUUUAAAGCUCUUCAUGAUUGAACCCGCAGUGGUGGUGCAGAAGUUCGAUAUUGAUACUGGUAAUCUUCAGCCGAGCUAUCUAGGGCCUACAGAAAGCGUUUUCGUGUGA